AUGAAAUUAAAGAUGAUGAUCUCUGCUAGUUUCGUUGGCAAGAGACUUCAUCGUCUUUGUACUUGUUUAUCUUUCAAACUAGAAUGUCUUGGCCGAUCAAUCUGGUUUCUAGUCUCAUCCUUUUACAGCUUGGUAGUUCUUCGGGUCAACCCUUUUUGGAUUCAGCUUUGUUAUUUCCCAUGUCUUUCCUUUCAGGGAUUUUUGGUCCUCAAGGCUUUGAAGCCCAGGACUUAUUCUUUUAGGCCUAGGAACUUGGAUUUGUUCUUCACCUCAGUGUCGGCAGCCACUGUUUCUAGCAUGUCCACAGUGGAAAUGGAGGUUUUUUCCAACAACCAGCUUCUGAUUUUGACGCUUCUCAUGUUUGUAGGGGGAGAGGUUUUCACUUCGAUGGUAGAACUCCACUUGCGAAGGUCUAAACUUGAGAAGCCAUGGAUAGCAGAGAACAAAAUCGAUUCCGUUACUAGCAUUAAUGGCAGUGCUCCUCUGAGUCCUGGAAAACCUUUUGGUCAAGUUGAGUUGCGGGUGGUAACCGUUCCUAGUACGGACAAGUAUUCAAAACUAGAAACAGAGCAGGUUCAUAGACAAAUUGAGGGCCAAACUGAGUCAUUGUCUACUAGUGAGUCUCUCAAAUACCGUUCAAUCAAAUUUUUAGGGUUUGUGGUGAUGGGGUACCUCGUAGUAGUUCAUGUCGUUGGAGUCGCACUAGUGUCAGCUUACGUAGCCCUUGUGUCAAGUGCCAGAGAUGUACUAAAGCAAAAGGGCCUUAAGCUCUUCACCUUUUCACUCUUCACAACAGUUUCUACUUUUGCAAGCUGCGGUUUUGUCCCAACAAAUGAAAACAUGAUAGUGUUCAGCAGCAACUCUGGCCUGCUUCUUAUCAUCAUUCCUCAGGUCCUUCUAGGGAACACCUUGUUUCCAUCCUGCCUGCGUUUCUCCAUAUGGACUCUGGGGAAGUUUUUCAACAAAGCCGAGUCCAAUUACCUACUGAUGAACGCAAGGGAGAUUGGAUUUCUGUACUUGCUUCCUAGUCUCCAUUCCACUCUUUUGGUUCCUACUGUUCUGGGCUUCAUCCUAAUACAGUUCACUUUGCUUUGCUCCAUGGACUGGAAUUCAGAAGGGUUGAAUGGCCUGAAUUCUUAUCAGAAAAUCAUCGGUGCCCUGUUCCAGAGCGUGAACUCAAGGCAUACAGGCGAAACAAUUGUGGAUAUCUCAAUUCUCUCACCUGCCAUCUUGGUGUUAUUCGUCGUAAUGAUGUACCUUCCUCCUUAUACUUCUUUCCUACCCAUAGAAGAUUAUGAACAGUCUUCACCAACAUGCAGUGGAAGGAGAAGGAGAAAAAGGGGAAAGAUUGUGGAGAAUCUAAUAUUCUCACAACUAUCGUACUUGGUCAUCUUCAUCAUCCUUAUCUGUAUAACGGAGAGGAAAAAUAUGAAAGAUGAUCCUCUCAACUUCACUGUGUUAAAUAUUGUGAUAGAAGUGAUCAGUGCCUAUGGAAAUGUUGGGUUCACAGCAGGCUACAGCUGUGAACGGUUGAUGAAGCCUGAUAGUAGUUGCCAAAGUAAAUGGUUUGGAUUCUCGGGAAAAUGGAGCGAUGAAGGGAAAAUAAUUCUCAUUUUGGCCAUGUUUUUUGGUAGACUAAAGAAGUUUAAUAUGGAUGGGGGUAGAGCAUGGAAGCUCUUGUAAGUUGUAACCGAGGCACAAAGUCUGAGGCUAUAUUGAUCUCAUGUAGGAUAUGAAAUGUCAAUCCUUAGCUAUCCACAA